AUGAAUGCGUGUUUAGCGAUAAUCAAUUCAGAAUUCAAGAGAAGGCCGAUCCACGGCCUACGAAUGAAGAAGAUUAUGAUGAAUUUCAAAUGCGUCAAAAUUCAAUUUGAGCCGCACGGAGCAGGCUCUAUUACAAAUACAGGGUCGUUCAGAGCAGGUUCCACAGAAGGUGGUGGGCGGUUGGAAACAGGUUCUGUGGCGAGUCCGGAGCCGUCUAGAGCUGGCCCCUUAGAAAACCCUGGGCCGCUCGAAACAGCCUUUGUUACGCAACAUCCAGAGCCGACCAGAGCAGACCCCGAGGAAGAAGCGGAACGGCUUAGAGGAAAAUGCACCGGCGGUCCGGAUCUGUCUAAGAAAAGUACUGGUGAAGUGGAAUUACCGUCACUUGUGCAUAAAACCUAUCCAGCGUUCCAGGCCCAGGAUCCACUGGAAGAUUUCGACCUGAGUACCGAUGAAUCUCCGCGAAUCACUAAAGUUAGCGCGCUGUUGAAGUCAGAAGAUCGAGCUGCUUUGGUAACACUUAUAAAGGAGUACCGGGACUGUUUCGCUUGGGAUUAUGACGAAAUGCCAGGCUUGGCUCGGGAACUAGUGGAACAUCGGCUACCCAUAAAUGCCGGGUAUAAACCCAACAAACAGCCGCCGCGAAGGUUCAACCCAGAUGUAUACCCGAAGAUCAAGGAAGAGAUCCAGCGGCUUUUGGGAGCAGGAUUCAUUUGGACUUGUCGUUACCCGAAAUGGGUAGCCAAUGUCGUUCCCGUACUUAAGAAAAACAGAAAAUUACGGGUAUGCAUCGAUUAUCGCAAUCUGAAUCUGGCAACACCCAAAGACGAGUACGUCAUGCCUGUUGCCGAUAUGUUAGUAGAUGCAGCCGCCAUGAACGGAAGUUUGUUGUUUAUGGAUGGGUAUUCCGGCUAUAAUCAGAUUUUUAUAGCCGAGGAGGAUGUUGGAAAGACGGCAUUCCGAUGCCCAGGAGCCCUUGGAGUGUACGAAUGGGUGGUGAUGCCGUUUGGGUUGAAGAAUGUUGGAGUGACUUACCAGCGAGCAAUGAACACCAUAUUCCACGAUUUAAUUGGAUAG